AUGAAAGGCCUUAUUCUUGUCGGCGGUUACGGUACUCGUUUGAGACCCUUGACUUUGACUUUGCCAAAGCCCCUCGUGGAGUUUGGUAACAGACCCAUGAUCUUGCAUCAGAUCGAGGCUCUUGCUGCUGCUGGUGUCACCGACAUCGUGUUGGCUGUCAACUACAGACCUGAGGUCAUGGUUUCCACUUUGAAGAAGUACGAGGCUGAGUACGGCGUUUCCAUCACCUUCUCUGUCGAGGAGGAGCCUUUGGGCACUGCUGGUCCUUUGAAGCUCGCCGAGAAGGUCUUGAAGAAGGACGACUCGCCUAUCUUCGUGUUGAACUCCGACGUUAUCUGUGAAUACCCAUUCAAGGAGUUGGCCGAGUUCCACAAGAACCACGGUGCCGCCGGUACCAUUGUGGCCACCAAGGUCGACGAGCCUUCCAAGUACGGUGUCAUUGUGCACGACAGAAACACCCCUAACUUGAUUGACCGUUUCGUUGAGAAGCCAGUUGAGUUUGUCGGUAACAGAAUCAAUGCUGGUUUGUACAUCUUGAACCCUAACGUGAUUGACUUGAUUGAGAUGAAGCCUACUUCCAUCGAGAAGGAGACCUUCCCACAGUUGGUCGAGAAGAAGCAGUUGUACUCCUUCGACUUGGAGGGCUACUGGAUGGACGUUGGUCAGCCAAAGGACUUCUUGUCCGGCACGUGUCUCUACUUGACCUCUUUGUCCAAGAGAUCCCCUGAAAAGUUGUCUAACGAGAAGUGGGUGCACCAGGGCAAUGUGCUCGUGGACCCAAGCGCCAAGAUCCACCCUACCGCCUUGAUCGGCCCUAACGUGGUGAUUGGUCCUAACGUUGUCAUUGGUGAGGGUGCCAGAAUCCAGAGAUCGGUGCUCUUGGCCAACUCCGAGGUCAAGGACCACGCAUGGGUCAAGUCCACCAUUGUGGGCUGGAACUCCAGAAUCGGUAAGUGGGCCAGAACCGAGGGUGUUACCGUGUUGGGUGACGAUGUGGAGGUGAAGAACGAGAUCUACGUGAACGGAGCCAAGGUGUUGCCUCACAAGUCCAUCUCCAACAAUGUGGAGCACGAGGCCAUCAUUAUGUAA